AUGACUGCUGAACAAAUUAAAGCGUUAAAAACUAAGCGCGGUAAUGCCAAGCGAUCGUUAACGACAUAUGAAAACUUUCUAAAGAAAUUUGAUCCGUCGAAAGAUUUUCCAAUCCUUGAGAAGCGGUAUAAAGAAAUUGAGACGGUUCGGAAAUUAUUUGAAGAAUAUCAACUUGAAUUAGAGGCACUUCUUGAGGAGUCUGAAGAAUUAACCGCAUAUCGCACCGAAUUCGAAAAUCUAUAUUAUGAAACUUACGCAAUCGCGACGAACCUUCUUUCGGAACAACGCAAGCGAGACACUUCUUUGGUUUCGUCUCCAACAACCUCGAGUCCUUCUGCAACCUCCAGCUCGUCACUCUCGGUAUCUCAAGGCGUUGUAUCGUCAAUUGCAGCUCAGCUUGUUAAUGCCGUUCCUAUCCCUUCUGUAGCUAUCUCUCCUUCGAAUCAAUCGGCUGUGCUAUCAACUCCCACACCGGUUAAUAUUAAUUUUACCGCACCUCAUGCAUUUAACUAUCCUAUGAGUAUGUUACCUGCUUUACCGACCAUCACUCUACCUACCUUUAGCGGGUCCUUUGACACUUGGUUGGGAUUUUAUGAUCUGUUUAACUCGUUGGUCAACGAGGAUCACAAUAUUCCACCUAUACGAAAAUUAAUCUACCUAAAGGGUUGCUUAACUGGCGAAGCGGCCAACGUAAUAUCUUCUCUUGAAACUUCAUCUCAAAACUACGAGGUAGCGUGGGGCUUAUUAAAGGAACGGUACGAUGACAGAAGAUUUAUACGGGACAGUUACAUAAAAUCUUUGCUGGACACUCCUCCAAUCUCAAAGGAGUCUUCUAUCUGA